AUGCUCAGCACAACGCGAUUCAACGUGAUUAUCGCUUCAAUAGUGGCCACCGCCAGCUUUACCUACGGUUUUGGCUUUGCUUCGUUUGCGACAGCAAUUGGCCAGCCCGGUUUCUAUGAGUACUUUCAACUGCCGACGAAAGGCCCUGGCGCCACGCACACCAACUCCAUCAUCGGUACUAUCAACGCGCUGUUCUUUUCUGGCGCCGUUAUCGGGGCUUGCUCUAUUGGCCCCUUAGCUGACCGCUAUGGCCGCAGGAAGAGCCUCGUCUUGGGGGCACUGGUCAGCGCGUUUGGCGCUGCUUUGACAGCCGGAAGCCAGAGCGUUUCUAUGUUGCUCGUCGCACGAAUCAUACAAGGCGCGGGAUUGGGAUCUCUCGCAUGUCUCUCCCCCACCUAUCUAACAGAGAUAUCAACACCUCAGAAGCGAGGAAUGGUCACGGGCAUGCACGGAAUAUUCCUUGUGUUCGGUUACAACGUCAGCGCUUGGGUCGGUUUCGCUUGUCAUUUUUCAAGCAACUUCAAUUUUGGUUUUCGUGGCCCUUUGGGCUUCACAGCACUACCAGCGGUUCUCCUCGCGAUCGGAUGUUUAUGGAUACCUGAGUCCCCGCGGUGGCUUCUGGCCCGCGGGUUGCCAGACGAAGCCCGGCUAGUCCUGCAAAGGCUCCACACCAGAGAAGGAGAUUCCGACAAGCGUGGAUUUGAGCUCGAGGUGGCACGCUUGGAAAAGCAGGUCGCUUUAGAAACUAAGAUCCCCGGAGGCUACCGCAUCAUUUUUCAAACCGCGGCGUACCGCAGACGAGCGUUAUUGUCGUGCUUCAUUCAGUUCGCCGCAAACGCGUCGGGCGCCUUGUUCAUCAGCUACUAUAGUGUCCUCAUAUACCAAAACCUUGGCCUAGAUGGAUACAUUCCUUUGCUUAUGUAUUGCAUUUUCACGCUUGUCGGUGCGAUUGGAAAUGUAGUGUCAGCCCUUUUCAUCGACCGGCUUGGCCGAAGACCAUCACUCAUUAUCGGUUUCGCCGGUUGCCUGAUUGCGAUUUCGAUCGAAACAGCAAUGAUAGCCGAGUUCAUCGAAGGACCAAUAAAAAGCGCCACCGGCCAGCGUAUAGCGCUUGUUGCUAUGUUUGUCUUUGUUCUCUUUUACGGCGCUUUCAUUGACGCCGCUUCCUUUGUCUACAGCGCAGAGAUCUACCCGACUAAUAUUCGGUCUCGAGGGGUCGCUCUCGCCACUUGCACAUAUUUCAUUGCUUGCAUUAUUUUCGUGACACCAGGCGCCACCGCCAUCGCUACUAUCGGAUGGAAAUAUUUCUUAGUCUUCAUCGUAUUGACCAUUGCAGCGAUAGCAAUCCUGUACGCCUUCUAUCCAGAGACGAAAGGGAAAAGUUUAGAAGAUUUGAUGAUCUUCUUUGGAGACCCAACGUCAGACGAUGACGGACCCAGCGAGCCUACUAUCGGAAAAUCGCUACAAUGCUAA